AUGAUCAACUAAGUGAUUUUGGUAUCAUUCUUGGUCUUAACAAAGGGAGUGGGAUUAUUUGAGUAAUAUUAUCCAUUAGCCGAUGAGAUAGCAAAUGCUAUGUCUUUAUAAUAAAAAAUUGGACAAACAUUGUAAAUAGAUAUUACAAGUUUCAAUGAUGAAUAAGGUAAUACUCAUUAUGAAUAAAUAUCUUAACAUUUUUUGGGUUCAAUAUUAGUAGGUGGUAAUGGAUGUCCAGAUGGUAGAGGAAAUAUAAUAGUUUCUGAGAAUUGUUUUGCUGCAACAAAUGCUAAUUGGAGAGACGUAGCAUAAAGAAGCUUGAAAUAGAAAGUGAUUGUUAAUGUUCCAGGACAUGGUGAAACUUAAAUAAAUUUAUUAUUGGGUACAGAUGCAGUUCAUGGAAAUUAACAUUCUGUAGGAGCAGUUCUUUUUCCUCAUAAUAUCGGUUUGGCUGCAAGUCACAAUGUAGAAAAUUAUAUAAAGGCAGCUUAUUGGACUAAGAAGAGCAUUUUAGAUUGUGGUUUUAAUUUUGCAUUUGCUCCAACUGUAGCAGUAUCUCAUAAUCCAAAAUGGGGAAGAUUUUAUGAAACUCAAGGAGCUGAUCCUAAAUUUAUUAAAGAAAUAGGUAGAGCGUAUAUAAAGGAAUUAUAGGAUGAUGAUGGAUAGAAAAUAAAUGGAGUUUUGGGUUCAACUAAGCAUUAUUUUGGUGAUGGUGCAACAUACAAUGGAUAUGAUGAAGGUAAUUGCAGAGUUGAAAAUUUCGAAGUUUUUUAUAACAAUAAUGUUUAAGGAUAUAUUGGUGCUUUAGAGGCAAAUACAGGAACUAUAAUGGUUAGUUAUAGUGCUAUAAAUGAAUUACCUAUGAGCAUUAGUGAUUUAAUCAAUGUAGAUUUGAAAUAAAAAUAUAAAUUUGAUGGAUUUAUAAUUAGUGAUUAUAAUGCUGCAAUAAAAGUUGCAUUCUAAGGUUUACCUACAACCCAUACUAAAAUGUCAAUUGAAGAUGCAUAUACAAAAUCAUUUAAUUCAGGUAUGGAUAUGUAAAUGGUUGAUGGUGCAGUGGGAUGGUAUGAAGAAGUUAUGAAUACUAUCAUAGGAUAAGGUAGAAUUUCAACUGAAAGAUUAAAUGAUGCAGUCAAAAGAAUUUUAGCUGUUAAAUUAGCUAUGAAUUUAAUUAAUGUACCUGAAACUUUAGCCAAGAAAUAUAAUUACACUUAAGAAAAGAAAGAAGAGAAAGUUUAAAAAGAAUAGUUAUCAUCUUAAAAUGAUAAUGAUGUAGAACAUAAUGAUGCAGAAUAUUAUGAUGCUUUAAGAUCAGCAAAAGAGUCAUUAGUCUUAUUGAAAAAUAAAUAAAAUAUAUUACCAAUUAAUAAAUCUAAGAUUACUAAUGUAAUAUUAUUAGGAGAAAGAUUUUGGUCAUUUAAAGGAGAAUUCAAGAGAAUAUUCCAAGACUUUGAUAAUAUUGGUGCUUAGAAUGGUGGUUGGACAAUAAGAUGGUAAGGAUAUAAUGGGAAUGAUUAUUGGCAAAAUGAUUUAAAAGUAUCUUCAAAGGCUUCAUCAAUACUUGAUGCUUUAAAAAGUAGAUUUAGUUCUGCUAAUAUUUAUUAUGUUAAAUAUUCUGACCCUACUAAUUUGUUUUUGAUAAAUGAAUAAAGAAGCAAUUUCAGAAAUUAAAUUAUAAAUAAUUAAGAUUAAUUUAAUAGAGAGAAUACAUUGAUCAUUAAUACUUUAGCUGAGAAUCCAUAUGCUGAAUUUAUGGGAGACAUUGAUUGUGAAUAUUGCAAGAAUGAAGAUAAAUAUGGAUGUAUUUAUAAUAAUUGGCUUAACCAAUACUUACCUGAUGAACAACCUACAACAUUAGAAAUUAAUCUUGGAGAUUUUGAAAAAUAAGUAUUUUUAUAAUAAUUAUAUAUUUUAGAUAAUCAAUAUUAUAAGAUAAAAAGAUGUUGAUAUACCAGUUGUCUCAGUGUUAUUUAGUGGUAGACCUAUGAUUAUUACUAAUCCACUUUAAGUGAGUUCAGCCUUUGUAGCAGCUUGGUGGCCAGGAACCGCUGGUGGUGAAGCUGUUGUGCAAGCACUUUUUGGAGAAUAUUUAUUCAAAGCUUAAGGUAAACUUAAUACACUUCCUGUUCCAUGGAUGAGAAAUAUGUAAUAGAUCUCGAACUACCCCUUCUAUUAAAAUGAUGUACCAUAGAUCGAAGAUCCUCUCUUUGAAGAAGGAUUUGGAUUAGAAACUAGAACAUAAAAUAUUUAAUGAGAGCUUAUAUUAAUACAUAUAAACAG